AGCUGAGGGCAAAAGCGACAAGAAAUCGGUGCCGAGCCUGACAGAGACAGGCGCUGGAGCCGGUGGGGGGCUGGUCCGCCUCCGCCGGGCCGAGCGCUCGCUCUCGCUAAUUCCUGCCCCGGUCAGCAAACCGGGAUCGCCGCCCGCUUCGGACUCCGGUGGAUUUCCAGAUCGCAGGCGACCCGGGAGAAUCGGGAUCCCACUGAAUGACUGGCAGCGGGCGGCAACUCCGGCGCAGGAUAGGGGAGUCCACAAUUCCCCAGUGGGAUCUGAGGGGAAACUUUUUCACACUGGGUGGUGCAAAUAUGGAACAAGCCGGCAGAGGAAGUGAUGGAGUUAUGAUACCUAUUGACCUGUACGUACCCAGUGGGGGACACACACAAAGCCAGACCAGACCUGAGGCUGCACGGUAAGGAGGCAGGCAGCGUACAAAGGAUUGCACAGUUUGUUGAAGAGAUUUCCCAGGCUGCAUUCAGUCUGACCACUGUUCCUUCUCCGAGCUGUGACUGUGAGGAUGCAUUCCCUGGACGAGCCCUUGGAUCUGAAGCUCAGCAUUUCCAAGCUUAGGAUGAUGAGGGGCAAGAAACAGAGAGUAUAUGAGACGACAGAGGAGAACAGUGCCCGGAGAGUGUUGAAGAUGACAUCUGACAGGACAGCCACCAUCACACCAGCAUCACGUCAGUCCGUCCUGUCUGGUCCAUCGAUCAGUUCCAAGGAUCAGGAGAAGCUGGACUUGCAUUUCUCUCCUGCCCAGAGGUCAGACUCCAUUGUGGAUCUCAGUCUGUCCCCAGGUUCUGGCCUUGACUCUCCUGCUGGAACAGCUGCAAUACCUGAGGAGCUGCAGAAUGGUGACGAUGUGUCACCCGGUGUCAGUACUGGGCCGCAGCCAAUCCACUUUCUGGAAGGAAGUCAGAGUUCACAGACAUUGCAGUUUUUCCUGCCACUGGGUUCCACCAGCCCAGUGCACCUACCAUCCCCUUUACUGGUGACCCCUCCGAAAGAAAUGCAAAACCUGCUGGAGCUCCCGAUGGAACAGCUGGCCUGCAGGUGGCACAAGUGUAACCAGCUCUUUGAAUCACUCCAGGAUCUGGUGGACCAUGUGAAUGACUUUCAUGUAAAACCAGAGAAGGAAGCUGGUUACUGCUGCCACUGGGAAGGCUGUGCUCGGAGAGGAAAGGGAUUUAAUGCCAGGUACAAAAUGUUGAUUCACAUCCGAACCCACACCAACGAGAAGCCUCAUCGCUGCCCGACUUGUAACAAAAGCUUCUCUCGCUUAGAGAACCUGAAAAUACAUAACCGAUCACACACAGGUGAGAAGCCCUACAUCUGUCCAUAUGAAGGCUGCAAUAAACGAUACUCCAACUCCAGUGACCGAUUCAAACAUACCCGGACACAUUACGUGGACAAGCCAUAUUACUGCAAAAUGCCUGGCUGCCAUAAGAGGUACACAGAUCCCAGCUCCCUCCGCAAGCACAUCAAAGCUCAUGGCCACUUUGUCUCCCCAGAACAACAAGGAAUGCUCAAAAUUCGACCGUCAAUCAAGAAUCCAGUAGCAUCAGAAAUGCCUUACUUAAACGGGACACAGAUUAUAAUUCCCAAUCCAGCAGCCGUUUUUGGAAAUCAUCCCCUCCAGGCACUGGGAGCCUCAUUGCCGAUUCCAAUGCACCCUACACCUCUGGACCUCAGCCCCUUGACAUGCAGCACUGUUGGAUCUGCUUCAAUCACAGCCAUUCCUAGUUCAGUCAUUUCUCUCAAUAGCGCUCCAAUAAAUUUAACCAAGACAUCUUUAAUGGCAUCACCAUUUUCUGCAAGUACCCUUGGACUUCCGCUGAUGUCUCUGGUGGCCGGGUCUCAUAGCAACCUCGAAAGGCUAUCAACAUCGAAAGGGAAAGCAGCGGUUUGCAGGAAACGGGACGGGACAGUGAAGAAUCGUCCUUCAGAGAAACAGUUACAGGAGAGGGUUGAGGCUGGACUAAGGCCUACAACAGAGAGCCUCUCAAUGCUCCCGGGAGCUGUGAUAGACUUGUCAAGCAGCAUUAACACCAUUCCUGCUGCUGACUCUCUGCCUCCUGGCUGGGUGGUCAUUCCUCCAGGAUCAGUAUUGCUCAAACCAGCUGUUGUAAACUGAAUUCAGUCGAGCCAGUUACUGCUGUGCUGUUCACACAAUGAUUCAACCAAACCUUGGGUUGCCAUGUCUGAACUGAGAUUAAACAGAAGACAGAAAGAUAUUGUACCAAACUUGCUCUCUCUCGGUGGACACAUUGACCAGUUUUAUUUUUGUUUCAAACUAAAAGUAGAUGAUGGUGAUCGACAUGUUGAAAUCUCAAGGUAGCACCUGCUGGUUUCACUCCAGGGAAAGAUCCUUAGUGUCUCAUUGUCCAGUCCUUCCCAAUGAAAGUCUUUGUGAAAUGAAAACUCGAAGCUGACACAAGUCUGAAAAAUAAUCAGAUCUAAAUUAUGUGUUGUCAAAGCGGCGACACUGAUUAUAAAUGGGCGCACUUCCCAGCUUCUCUGGGAGCUUAGAAAUGUUGUCUUGUGUUACUUUAAGCAUGAGGGUCGUUUUUUUUUGGAUGUAUACCAGAUCAUUGAGAUAGAUCAGUCAGAAAAUUUAAUAAUGCUGAGAGCAAAAUAAGAACUCUGUCAACAGUUAUAGCUUAAAACUGUACUCAUGCAGUUUUGACAAUUUCAGAUCAAUUUCAGUGAUGAGAACGAAUGGAUUUAGCACCUGAACAACCAUUAGGAUCCAGGGGGUUGAGGGGUGUGGGCCAGUAGUGGACAUGGCACUAAACUAUCAGAACUCAUCCAGCCAAUAACCUUGUUCCACAGGGAAACAUUUUGCAUUGUACUCAACCUAGUUAUAGAGUCACACAGCACGAAACAGACUGUUCGGCCUCACCAGUCCAUGUUGAACAUAAUCCUAAACCAAACUAGUCCCACCUGCCUGCUCCUGACCCGUAUCCCUCCAAACCUUUCCUAUUCAUGUACUUAUUCAAAUGUCUUUUAAACAUUGUAUUUGGACACACAUCCAUCACUUCCUCAGAAAAUUCAUCCACACAUGAGCCACCGUCUGUGUAAAAUAUUUGCUCCUCAUGUAUGUCUUUGUUAAAUCUCUCUCCUCUCCCCUUAAAAAUGUGUCCCCCAGUCUUGAAAUCCCAGAUUCCUAGGAAAAAGACCAUUAACUCUAUCUAUACCUCUUAUUAUUUUAUAAAGUCUCAACCUCCUACACUCUAAUCCAGCCUUUCCUUAUAACUCACACCUUCCAUACCCAGCAUCAUCCUGGUAAAUCUCUUCUGACCCCUCUCCAGCUUAAAAAUAUCAGUUCCUACUCAAGUGGGCUUUCUCAAGAACACUGUUCAUUCAGCUCCUUUAUUGAAAGACUUAUAAUUCUUGGUAAACAUCAGCAUAAUUCUUAGCAUUUUGCCAGGAGUUGAAGCAGUAAUUUUAUUUGUCCAAUUCCUUCCCUCCUACAAAGAUGAAGAAAUUAUUUACAUUGGAACAUAUAAUAUGAGCUUUUAAAAAAACUAGACAAAUAUCUUUGAAAAUGAUGUGUGCCUGUAGGCGGUUUAUAUAAAAAGCCACACAAAUUCUAUGACAUUAUGUGCUGAAUCAAAGAAUACCAACAAAAGAGGUAUUAGGAACAGUGUGGCAGGCAAUGAGUACAGGAAGCGACAGUACAUGAAGUACAGGUUAUAUUAAUAUAUAUUAUUGAUAUAAGAGAAUCUCCUUCAUUAGUUAUUUAAGAUGUAGGUGACUGUGUGAAUUGGGAUUGCCAUUGAUAGAGAUUUGCUUGUGAGAUUUAGCAUUCCUGCAGUCAUUCCUUCUAGAACUUUUCUCCAUAGAAUUGUACAGCAUUGGAGACCAUUCAACCCAUCAUGAGUAUGCACCUUUUUGUUAAUGCAUUCUGAAACUCACCCACUAGCCUAUACUGAUAUCAUUGUUGUACAUCAAUCCCAAACAAAAGUCACUAGUCUGCUUUCUCUCUAAGCCCUUCUUUUGCAACAGUCUUCUAUUGCUGCUAACGUUGAAUCCUCUAUUCUUUGUGCUGCUGUUGAAUGUUCCACCUGAGCCAUGAAGGUCACUGGGAAUGAAUAUUUUCAUAGAAAUUUUUUUUAAGGCUUCAAACAUGUGUUCCAAAAUCAUGUCUCUUUUAGAAAAUCUAACUCCAGUUCAUGCUAGGAAUCUACUUUUGUUCAACAUCCUAACACUGUAUGACAGUUUAAAGGCAAACAUUGAAUUAAGAAUCUUUAAGUGGACUUGUUGUAUUAAUUUACAGUCUGCAAAGUAACUCCAUUGCUCAAUUCCCACUCUUUAUUUGCAUCAAUUCAAACUAAUCUACUGUCCAAUAGCACUGUCUCUUUGGUUUCAAACAGUCAUAACAGUCAUUCAAUUUUCUCACCACCACAACCCCCCCCCCCCAACCCUUUCACUGCCAUCUCUAGGUAUUGUCACAUUUGAUAAAUCAGUCAUCAGAUGGACAGGAAUGAGCUAUUAAGUGAGCGUACGGCUAAGCUCUGAACAGGUCAGUGACAUGUUGCUUUUAUAUUUUGCAAACAGAACUGCUCCCAUAUAGCUUCUAAAUGGUACAUAGUUUUCUUUGACUAUUUUAAUCAACUCUUCUUCUGUUCUUUGUUGAAGCUAGCUGUUAAGUAGGACAACAGGGUGCACUUGAAUUUAUAUUAGAUAAUUAUGAAAUCAAAAAAUCUUCGACACAUUAUUUUUACAUUAGUUCCCAUUCAAUAUCAUUCUGCCCCCAAAGGUAUUCCCAGUUUAACUGCUCACGAUUGGCAGCUAUAUCCUUAAGCGCCAAAACCCUCUCCUGGAUUUUUCUCUCUAAUCUUCUGUGCACUUAGCUACACAUUUAAAACACUCUUUUAAAAGAUCUACCUCUUUGACCAAGCUUUUAGUCAUCUGCUUAUUUUGACAAAGGCUCCUGUAAAGUGCCAUGAGACUAUAUUACAGAUGUUGUAUAAAUGUAAGUUGUUAUCAUACACCAGAGCAUUCCAAUGGAAUAACUUUUAAAUUCGGGUCUGGUGGCCACUUGACUGAUGCCAGCACUAUCCUCAUUGACUGAUUGGAAAUACAAGCUGCUCUCAUUGAGAACCAAGAAGACCACAUCUCAAAUGCCCAGCCAUCAAUAAAAAGCUGCUUCUCAAAAGUAAUCAGAUUAGAGUCACUACGUAAGUCUCAUAUGGCUGGUAGUCCAAUCAACGGCGUGUGACAGUGUGGAGUUACAUAAUAAUUAUCUUUAAACUACCAUCACUUUUUCUAAAUGUACACACCAUCCAAGUCAAUGGGGCGGCUACUAAGAGCUGUCAACUUGAUACACAGUACAUCUUAAAAACAAUUUACUUACAAUUCAAUAGAAAAUAGACACGGGUGAAGGACAUUGUCAAUAAAAAUACAGAGAGGCUACUCAGUUUAGUAGCAAAUGACUCCAGGACGCAAAGGAAACUGUGAGAACCAGUGGCAAUAGGAGAUUUACAUCUAAUCCAUCAAUAAUGUCAUUUCAGUGACAAUCAUGGGUGAGCAACAGCACAAUGAAGACUCAUGGCAAAGAGCAUCACUCAACCCAGUGUAUUCAAGUAUAGUCCAACUCUGUUUCCUAGUUAACGGAAGAUAAGACCAUUUGUUACAAGGUGUGUAUGUGACAAAGCAUACAUUGUGUGUGCAGCUUGUCAAACCAUUUGUAAACCUCUUUGUUUAUAUGUAGUUUAUUAAUUUUAUUAUGUGCAAGACAAAGAAACAAUUACCUUUCUGCAGGCUGUGCAUUGUUAGCUUCUGUUGACUGUCCGGAUACUCCUGUAGGGCUGGACUUUUCUCUUUCCUCCACUCCUAGUAUUAAUAAGCUAAAUGAUAAUGGAUUAAGCUUUGUCCAAGGUCAACUGUACAGUAUGUGAACUAUUGAACAAGGUCCAUUUGGGCCUGGAUCAGAUUACUGCACAUUCCACAUUUGUGCAACAGUAUUUUUAACAUGUUGCAAGUGCCUUUUUACACUAGAAAAUAAGUAGGUGUGGUUCUUCUGAUGGAGACACACUGAGUAGCAUUAGUUAUUAAGGCUCAAGCUGAUGCCAUGUACUGAAGUCCUCUUAUCAGAGGAACAUUACAAAA